UGCUAUCGUUGGGAGACACAAGGUCUAGCCGACACUCUCAGGCUGGUCUCGAACUUGUUCCCCUAGCCGGUCUCGAUCGCCCAUCUUCCGGCCUCAGCGUCCAGAGUGCUGGAGCCACAGGCGUGCCCCACCAUGCCCGGCUGGAAUGCAUCCUAUGACGGUUCAGAUCCCCCCCCUUAGUACUUUCUUGGCGGUAGCUGGAGAACGUCGACAUUUUUAUGCCUUUUCCGCCACACAGGGUUGAAAAAUACCGGCCAGUGAAGUUGAGCGAGAUCGUGGGGAAUGAGGACACGGUCAGCAGGCUGGAGGUCUUCGCACGCGAGGGGAAUGUGCCCAAUAUCAUCAUCGCCGGCCCCCCCGGGACUGGCAAGACCACCAGCAUCCUGUGCCUGGCCCGAGCGCUGCUGGGCCCAGCCCUGAAGGACGCCGUGCUGGAGCUCAAUGCCUCCAACGACAGGGGCAUCGAUGUGGUGAGGAAUAAAAUUAAAAUGUUCGCCCAGCAGAAGGUCACCCUCCCCAAGGGACGCCACAAGAUCAUCAUCCUGGAUGAGGCUGACAGCAUGACAGAUGGGGCCCAGCAGGCUUUGCGCAGGACCAUGGAGAUCUACUCUAAGACCACCCGCUUCGCCCUGGCCUGCAACGCCUCCGACAAAAUCAUCGAGCCCAUCCAGUCCCGGUGUGCGGUGCUGCGCUACACUAAGCUCACUGACGCCCAGGUGCUGGCGCGGCUCCUGAGCGUCCUGGAGAAGGAAGGGGUGCCGCACACCGACGACGGCCUGGAGGCCAUCAUCUUCACGGCCCAAGGGGACAUGCGGCAGGCGCUGAACAACUUGCAGUCCACCUUCUCCGGGUUUGGCUUUAUCAACAGCGAGAAUGUAUUCAAGGUCUGUGAUGAGCCCCACCCGCUGCUGGUGAAGGAGAUGAUCCAGCACUGCGUGGAUGCCAACAUUGAUGAGGCAUACAAGAUCCUGGCACACCUGUGGCACCUGGGCUACUCCCCUGAGGACAUCAUUGGCAACAUCUUCCGAGUGUGUAAAACUUUCCCCAUGGCCGAGUACCUGAAGUUGGAGUUCAUCAAGGAAAUCGGGUACACACACAUGAAAGUGGCAGAAGGUGUGAACUCCCUCCUGCAGAUGGCUGGGCUCCUGGCAAGGCUGUGUCAGAAGACAAUGGCUCCAGUGGCCAGUUAGGAUGGCAAAGUCACAGGUCAAUGAGAAGCAUCCUCCUCCAGCCAAGUGUCAUGGCACAUGCCUGUAAUCCCAGCACUUGAGUGGUGCAGGAAGGAGAAUCAGGAGUGCUGAGUCUGCCUGGGCUACAUCACAAGACCCUGUCUCCAAACAAAGUCCUUGUCCUGAGGUGCUGGAGUCCCACAGUCCUUUGGCACGGAGGGCCUCUGGUGGUGGCUGCCGAGUGGGUGGCAUCUCCCCAGCCUUUUACCUAAUAAAGCCGUUUGCCCC